ACGCAAAAAGAGUAGUUAAGUUACAAGAGUGCUUCGUCUCAAUCCUCCCCUCCUUUCAAACUCGUUUUCUUCUUUUAGCCCGCUUGACCAGCCAACAAGCUGAUUUCUUUUUAAAUUACAGACGUUCGACUUACAAAGACUUUCAUUCCUCCAUUUCCCCCUCGUAGUGACAACAUCUGGAUUCUUCCUUCUCCAAAGUAAGAGUUCAGAGUUUGACCGAUUGAAUCUGCAGACCACGAAAACACGAAUCGACUUUUUCGAUUUCUAGAAUUCUAUAAUUUCUGAUCUUCAAUUGGUUGAAUUCCGAUUUCGUUGCCGAAUUUCGAAGGUGUAAUUGUCUUUGAAGUGUUCGAAUGAUGAAAAACGAUGCCAGUAGCAGCAGUAGCGGCGGAGCAGCCGGUGGCGAAAGCGUUGUCGCUGAUGUCGGAAGGCGUCGGUCCACUUGCGGUUACUGUAAAUCCGGUCGUCGCUCCAGUACCACUCACGGUUUAUGGGCAAACAGCCUUACAGUUUAUGAUUAUCAAGAUCUUCUGGACCGAGGCUGGAGAAGAUCUGGUAGUUUUCUGUAUAAACCUGAGAUGGAAACGACAUGCUGCCCUGCAUAUACCAUAAGACUAAAAGCUGAUAAUUUUUCUCCUUCUAAAGAGCAACUUCGGGUGUCCAGACGAAUGCAAAGGUACUUGGAUGGCAUAUGGGAUGGUAAAAAACAAGAACUUGCAGAUAAAUCAGGGGACUCACAAGUACUCCCUCAUGGUGAUGAAUUGUCUGACUCAUCGCGAAUGGAAUCUCUAGGAAAAAAUGAACAGAAUGCCAAGGAAGAAGAGUUGUUGGAUUUUCUAUCCAAACAAAUAGAUGUUGCCAUCCAAUCAUUUGCUAAAAGUAAGGAUUUACCAUGUGAUGUUCAAUAUCCUAAAGGUAUAGUAAAAAAGGUUUCACUGUCCAAAAAGAGACGGUUAGUUGAAGGGUCAGAAGAUCUGUUAUAUACAAGCAAUAUUUCAUUUCAGUUAGUGGCUUUAUUGAGACGGGCAAAGUCAGAUGACAAUGAUGUCAGACUGUCAGGGACUAAGAAAAACAGUUUGGUUAUAAAAGGUUCUUCAUAUGAUUUAUCUCCCAAACAUAUUUCAGAAGAGUUGGCAAAUUCUUUGCGGCAUCUUAUAGAUGUACCUGAUUUAUCAAUAAAAGCCUGCAAUGGACACUUAAAUUUCUACUGUACAGUAAAGGAGGUCCAUACUGUUAAAGACUCUCAUGUAGCUGUUCCCAGAGAAUCUUCGGUGCAAGAAAGUAAAGGACAUGACAUCAUACCUAAAAAACCUCAGAGAAAGAAACGGAAACUGGAAAUCAUUUUAAAUAGAUCCAGUUUUGACCCGGAAGAGUUUGCGCUGUAUAGAAAAUAUCAGACAAAAGUUCACGAUGAUGAACCUGGUGACAUCACGCAGCAAUCGUAUCGGAGGUUUCUGGUUGAUACGCCCUUGAUAUAUGUUCCCCCAACUGGUGAUGACACUGUUCCUUCUUGUGGGUUUGGCUCAUUCCACCAACAGUAUCGGAUUGAUGGGCGACUCAUUGCAGUUGGGGUGAUAGAUAUCCUUCCUAAGAGUUUGUCGAGCAAAUAUUUAUUUUGGGAUCCUGAUUUUGCUUUUUUAUCACUUGGUAAAUACUCCGUCUUGCAAGAGAUAAGUUGUGUAAAGGAAAACCAACGUCAUUGUCCCUGCCUUCAGUAUUAUUAUCUUGGCUAUUAUAUUCACUCCUGCAGCAAAAUGAGAUACAAAGCAGCUUAUCGGCCAUCAGAACUUUUAUGUCCUCUUCGUUACGAGUGGGUUCAUUUUGAUGUUGCAAAACCAUUGCUUGAUAGAGCUCGGUAUGCUGUGUUGUCAGAUUAUGCCAAUAUGCGAAACGGGGACUUGUUGUCAACCCAAGAACCUGGAAAGCUUUUGGAUCAGCAGCAUGAUGACCUCGGUGAUGAAGAUUUGAAUGAUGCUUACGUAGGUGGGGAUGAGAACAUGAGUGAUUCUGAUUCAUCAGAAGAUGAACUGUUACCUGAAACCAAUCAUCUUGCCUCAGCUCCAACUGAGAAUGGUGAUGUUGGUUGCCUUUUGCUUGAUUUGAGGGGAUCUCGCCUAAGAUACAAGGAAUUGCAACGAGUUAUUAGCCCAGCUAAGCAAGUGCAACUGGAAAACCAAUUGUUGAGUUACAUGAAGGUCGUUGGCCCACAUCUCUCAGAAAGAAUGGUUUAUUCGCUUGGUUAGUUUCGUUAAUCUCUAACUAUGGUUUGCAGCAAGGAGUUCCUGGUUUACAUUGUUAUGUGUGUGUGUGCGCUAUGGCGACAGUAUGCAAUUGUUGAAACAAUUGUUUAGAGUAGCUGCUAAGGGGUUGCUCUGUAGGAUGGAUCAAGUUUCUGUUUGCUUUCUUAUCUUCUUUCUCUCUGGGGAAUGUCCUUACUUGGAGUCCUUUGCUUUAGUGGGAUUAAUACAUGAUUGUUGUAUUGUUACUCGGGAGUUCUUUCUAAGAUUUGUGAUAAACCAUUAUAUACAUGUUAAAAGUUCAAAUUCCAAACUAUCUAUUUUUUUUGGUUUUGAA